UCCAAACGCCUGAGGGAUGACAACACCCACCGGCUGAGCUCGCCUAUAUAUACAUAACACUCACGAAGAUCAAAGAACAGAGAAAUAGAUGUAACAGAGCCCCUCUCUCUCUCUCUCUCGAUCUCUCUCUUCAUCAACACGAUGGAUUCGUCAGCUUCUCUGUUAACACUGAAGUGUCCAUCUUCCCGCAGAACUCCUGCCCUUUCUCCCUCAACAUCAUCACUUUCAUCUUCAUCUCCUUCUUUUCUUGAACCUUUAGACUUCCCUGGACUUUGUCGUGGAUCUGUAUCUCCAUCCUACCCCCUCGGUCGUGUCGCCUCCUCCGGCGUUCCCUUCUCCUGGGAAAAGAUUCCAGGAAUCCCCAAGAACCAAUUGUCCUGGAAGAUGGCAGGAUCUCCAUCCGCCAGCCCCCUGCUUCCCUUACCUCCUGCUGCCUCCGCUGCUGCUGCUGCUUCUUCUCUGUCCUCCAAGAAACACAGGCUCAGCAGAACGACCUCCGCCACAAGGUACAGCAAGAGAGACCCUUUCGUUUCGGCGUUCGUCAAGUGCUCGAAGGACGCCGGCCGAGAAAUGACCGGGAAUCACUGGGCUGUGGCCAGGGUCUCAAGGAGGAUAAGCAAUGGCUUGGGGUUUGUUGAUCUUGCUUCUUGCAAGCAAACCUGUGCGGUUUCAGACUCUGUUAUCUACGUCGCGAGAUCAAACAGAGCAUCUUCCGAUCUGUUUCGCCCCCGAAUCAGUCGAGCAUAAACCAUAUGGUCAUGGUUAUGAUCAGUAGUCAGUAGUUCAUGGUUUAGUAAUUCUAGAUCCAGCUAUGUGUUUUAUUGAUGAUCCUUGCUUCAUGUUUCAUGGCAAGUGUAAAUAGCGUGCUUCUGGUGUGCUUUAUAUCGAGUCUAUCGUGUGAACCAAAAGGAAGAGGGUAGUGUCUGGUCUUUUGGGUCUUUCCAUCCUGGUGGAGCGGAGUCACUGUCUUUUUGUCUUAAUGGGUGGAUUGAGCUUCUCACAUGGGGACUUGCUGUGUUUUCAUGUGCUUGUCUCGAUGUGAAAACGAUGCCUUACUUUCAUAUCCCAUGUGACAAUCGUCCAAAGCAGUGGCCAACUGCAGUUUUUCUCCAUUAAUAUAACUCUGUCUAGGAAUUUCACC